AUGGAGGACGUGGGCGAUUUCAGGCUGGGGCAGAGGGCGACAUCCAUAGCCUCCACGGACAUGGAACAGCUGCUGAGAGAUGAUGUUUUUGUUGACUUUUUCAACACCUUUCUGAACCUUCCCGUUUUUGGCCAGACACCCUUUUACAUCAGCGGCACGAGCCGAUGGUACCUGUGGCCAGAGCUGCCGAGCUACCUGGAUCUCAGCCCCGAGGCUUUACUGGCUUGGUUGGAAAAGCACCGGCUCCCUCACUUCUGCAAAUCCAGCCUGUUCCUCCACCUCGUCCUCUGCCAGAAGCUCCUGGGUUUCAUUCGCUCGGGGGAAGCAGCAGAGCUCCUGAACUGGCAGAGUGCUGACCAGUGGCUGCUGGAGAGGUGCAUCAGCGGGAGCCACGGCAUGCGGCACUUCUGUGCCUUCGUCCGAGGAACAGCAGGGGAAGAACUGAUUGACUUCUGGCUCCUCACUGAAAGGCUGCUGGGCCUGGACGAGUCUGAUGUGAAUCAGAGGGAGCUGUUCUUGUCCCUGGUGCGCAGGCUGAGAGCCACUCACCUGCGUGAAGGCUCCAGCGUSGUCACCCUCUGCACCACCAUUGUCGGAUCGCUGCCGAAAGCCAAGCACAUCCAGUCCAUCAGCACCAGGAGGGAGAUCCUAAGCAAGAUGCARGAGCAGGCCCUUCUUACAAUUCAGCAUUACUGGCUCCCAAAAUUCUUCGUGCACUGCAAGAUGGGAAUGGAGGAAGAGGAGUCAUGCCAGGCAUUGCUCCAGGAAUAUCAGGAAUAUUUAUCACAGGCCAGCAGGCAGGAGACCCCAGAGCUUUCGGAGCCCCUCCCCACGAUGCACAUCAGAAGGAGCCAAGGCAUGUCAGAGCCUUACCGCAGCCUGAAGGCCAAAGCAGAGAUCUGGACUCUGGUCAAGGAGGGGAGAGACACUCAGGAAUUGAAGACUUUUCAGAUGAAAUCGGAGGGGCAGCCAGGGCCAGCUGAGAGCACAGAUGCUUUGGGAUCAAAUCCCCAGCAGUCAGAGCAUCCUGCAAAUACCGCCUUUGGAGGCAAAGGAGGAGUAACCUUUCCUGGCAGACCUAGAUCUGGUGCAGAGCAGCAUCUAGAAAAUCUCUGUAAGGAGAAAAUCCUCUCUGACCUGCCUCCCUCUGCAUCCCGUGCCCGGCCACCAUCUCUGAAAAAGCCAGUCAAGACCUUGGAUUUCCUUCCCUGGGUGCUCAGUGCCGAGGCCUGUGCAGGACGGCCCUUCAGAGAGUUCCUGCAGCGCCAGAACCUGUCCAUGGAGACUCAUCUCCUGGACCUGUGGCACGACCUGGAGGAGUUUCUGCCCGUGGUGCUGGACUCCAGCAGAGAAAACAACUUCUUCUUGCGCCAUUUGAUUGGGGAGCAGAUCUGCAAGACYUACCUGAUGGAGGGCAACGUUGAGAAACUUCCUCUGCAGACCAGCACUCUCACGAGUUUGUGGAACCGGCUGAUAUUUGGAGAAUUCUCCCCCUCGAUAUUCAGAGCCCAGAAGGAGAUUUGCAAGGUGCUCUGCUCCUCCUACGAGGAAUUUCUGGCUGAUGAUGACACGACCUUCCUCCAGUUUAUGGCUCCGGAGAGUGACGUCGCUGUCCCCGAGGUGCCAGGCUAUGCUGUGGGCAGAGGGGAAUAUUUCCACCUGUCCCAGAGGAUGAACCAGGCCUUGGAGCUGAACGAGGCCUUGCAUGGCACGAGGAGCUUGGAGAAGAUCUCCUCCAAGCACUGGCAGUCGCUGGGUUCUCGGGAUCUCCAGAAAGGGGGCUCCAUCCAGGCAGAGAUGGAGCUGCUCUUGGACAGCUCCGAAUUCGAGAGGAUGAUGGAAGAUGAGCUGCCUUUGGAGCCUCCAAGCAAGGAAGAGGAGCUUCUGCAGCUCAUGAGUACAGCACUUGAAGUUGCAUCUGAGAGGAUUGGUAGAGAGGAGGCUGCUGCUGCUGCGAAGAAAAAGGCCAGACAACGCAGGGGUUAUGAGGAUGGUCAAGAGGAUGAGGAAGAGCGGUACCAGCAGAAGAAGAAGAAGAAGGAGAAGCAGAUACAGAAACAGAAGGAAAAAGAGAAGCAGAAGAAGAAGGGAAAGCAGGAGGASGAGGAGGAGGAGGCGGAUUUGCCGCCCUGGUGCAGAAAGCCCAAGUCUAGGCGUCGUUAUUAUGUGCAGGAAGGGACAGAGAAGAUGGAGUGGGCCUGGGAUGCCAUCCGAGAGCUCGUCAGGAGCUUCUGCAAGUUCCAGAGGGAGAUGGCAAAUCUCAGUCGCCGGGCGGAAUUUGAGCACUUUCUCUAUCAGGAGCGGAGAAACGAGAGGGAAAGUAGGUCCAGGGUCCUGCCAGCCCUUCUCCUCCCUCUCCAGGACACACCUGGGUUUAGAAAAUUGCAUGCAGACCUGCCCACCAGUGAAAAGAAGAGCGGAAGCCYCGCAAAAACCUCCCGCUCGGGCAAGGGCAAAGCCCGGCCGGAAAAGGUGAAGCUGAUAAAGCGCCGYGUUUUGGACAAACAGAUUGUCAUCAAUUUUCUCGUCAAUGAUCUCCGCUUUUACCUGGAGAUGGACGGGUUUUCCAAGUUGGCUGACACUGUGCAAGCUGUGGCACCCCGCUUCAAACGGUCAGAAAAGCACUUUGGCUUUCUCAAAAAGAAACUAAAUGUCAUCAGYGGACUCUUCCUGAACUCUGACCUCCCCCCAAAGCUGCGGGUCAACAUCUCAGAGAGAGAGAGGGAUUUAAUCUGGCGUUURUCUUCCAAGAAGGGGAUGACCCGGGCCAUUUACCAGAGUGCCAAGGUCACCCUCUUCCCCAUCCUGAUGUACUUCUGGAGGAGGUUCUGCAUCUGGAAGGUGAUGAGGACCUUUCGGGCCUACAGGGAAGACACGACCUUUGAGAUCCCUGAGGAYGGGAGCUUUGAGAUCCUUAAUGAGGACAGGAGCUUUGAGCUUGUCAGGGGGGACAGCAGCUCUCGGGGCCGCAAGGAGGGCAAGAGCCCCCAGCUCCAAAAGGAUGAUAAGAGCCCCCGGCUCCAAAAGGAUGAUAAGAGCCCCCAGCUCCAAAAGGAUGAUAAGAGCCCCCGGCUCCAAAAGGAUGAUAAGAGCCCCCGGCUCCAAAAGGAUGWUAAGAGCCCCCGGUUCCAAAAGGAGGACAAGAGACCCUGGCUCCAAAAGGAGGACAAGAGUCCCCAGCCCCAAAAGGAGGAUAGGAGCUCUCAGAUCCCCAAGAGUGGCAGGAGCUCCCAGGGCCAGACRCAGGUCAAGGUUCCAGCCUCUCCAGCUCCUGCAAAAACCUCCUCCAAAGCACCCARCAUCCCCAAGAAGCUGGUGGCCAUCACCUCUGCUACGCGUUUUGCUCCAGGUAAGAAGCCUGUCCUGGUCUUCAAGCUGUCAGAAGGCCUCGAGCUGCUGCUGCCGCGGCCCCCGAAGAAAGAAGAGGAUCAAGAAGGUGAGGCAGCGCUGAAAGGGGCCCUCCUGCUCCUGAGGGGAGCUCCGGCAGCUGGGAUGGGAGCUGGGAUUUCGGGCUCCCUGCAGCAGCCCACGGUGGGAAGUUUGUGCUGUUGUUUUCCUCAGAUUUAGAUCCGAGC